UUUCAGUGGGGGAAUACUACACAGAUACAUACACUCCCCUCUGUUCCUCACCUCCCUGGAGGUUUUUGCAGAUCACUUCCUGCUCUCAUCUCACUACUUCGGAACUACAGGAUGAAACUUCAUGGACCUGGGAUGCUCAAGAUGAAACAUGUGGAAUAUGCAGGAUGGCUUUUGAUGGUUGUUGUCCUGAUUGCAAACUCCCUGGGGAUGAUUGUCCACUAAUAUGGGGUGCAUGCAAUCAUGCAUUUCAUCUUCACUGUAUCCUCAAGUGGGUAAAUUCACAGACUACUCAAGCACAAUGCCCCAUGUGCCGUAGGGAAUGGCAAUUUAAGGAAUGAUGUAGCUCUCCCAAAAACCAAUCAAUACGUAGAAUCUCAGAUGUCUUUUAUUUUUGCAUUGGGAUAUUUUCUUCUAGAGUAAUAUGUAAAUGACGGUAAUACUGCAACCAAUCGCAAGAUUCAUUUGAAUGGAAACGACUACUUUCUACUAGUUGUGCGGUAUGUUUGUGGUCUUGAAUAGAAGUGGGUUGGCUUUUUCGCAAUCCUGCCUUGUAACAUUAUCCACAGGAACUUCAAAACAUGGAUUAAAACAUUGGCUUCUCUCUUCUGUACAUUGGCAAUAAGAUCAUUUGUCUUAAUUGAAA